CCACCUUUGAAAAAAAAUGUCGAAUGGAUGCAUUAGAGGUUCUUGACAUUUCACAAACUCAAGAAACAAGAGAGUAUAUUAGUAAAUUUAGUGACUAUAAAACUAAUACUAGUGAAGACGAUUUGUUUUCAGGUAAUGAAGCCGAAGAAAAUUUUAAAGUUAUGACUUUUGAUGAGUUCAUAAAUAGAUACAAAAAUGAGUCAAAUUGA